GAGCAGCGGCAUUAGCACAUGGGGGGAAAGUUGACUGAAAGUUUCCUAAGGGAUGAUAGUUAAGCAAAAAAAAAAAAUGUUUAGGACAAAUUACUGCAUCUAUCUCCCGGUUUAUCAGAGAUUCCAACAAUGACCUCUGUAACACAAAGUUGUGUUGUUUUUUUAAACUGAAUAUUUAAUUUAAAAAAAUCUAAAAAACAUGUUAUACUUCCGCUCGCCUUCCGUUCAGCCCUCCUCCUAAACCUCGGUGUUUGUGCAAGACGUCCGGCUCCUCCGUGCUGCCUCUCGUUCAUCCGGGCAGGAGAGAGGAGCCCCCGCGCCGCGGACACACAAUGAAGCAGUGUGUGUCCUCCUCCGACACAAUGCUGCAGGAUGCCACGAAGGGGACCACGCUGCUCCUCGCCGGAUCACAGACGAGAGAGAGACACAGAGAGAUCAGCUAAAGAAUGAAGCUUUAGCCUCUGCGUGACGAGCUUUCACCAGCCCCGCAGACUAGACUCUUUAAGACGUCCAGUGACGACGCCGUGACUCAAGAAUGAAGACCAAAUAUGCAAUUGUCUUCAUCUGUAUCGUGGCCCUGGUCAUCAUCGAAAAGGAAAGCAACAUCCUGUCUAGGGUUUCUGAUAAACUGACCCAGCGGCAGAUUCCACAGCAGACCCCACAGACUCCUCUUGAUAACAGCAACACAACACAAAAUGGCUCCCUGGCAAUGCUCAAAAUCCUGCUCUCUAAACUCACCGGUGCAAUGGUGAAUUACUCCAGUAUGUCUGAGGAGCAGGAGGACCAAGACCCAGAUGACUCGGGCGCAUACAGCUUCAGCGGCGGCCGCAAGCACAUAUUACUCAUGGCCACAACGCGAACAGGUUCCUCGUUUGUGGGGGAGUUUUUCAACCAGCACGGGGGGAACAUGUUCUACCUGUUUGAGCCCCUGUGGCACGUGGAGCGCAUGCUGACCGCGGCCUCGGAGGCCAACAACGGAACCGUGUCGGCAGGAAUCUACCGGGACGUUCUCCAGGGGCUCUUCCUGUGUGAUUUCUCCCCCCUGGAGAAGUUCAUCUCCCCCCCGCCUCAGGACCACGUUACGCCGGCUCUUUUCCGCAGAGAGUCCAGUUUAUCGCUCUGUGAAGAAUCGGUCUGCAGUCCUGUAAUCAAAGAUGUUUUUGAAAGGUACCACUGCAAGACUCGCCGCUGUGGCCCGGUGAACUUGACCCUGGCCUCCGAAUCCUGCCUCUCCAAGCAACACCACGCCAUCAAAACGGUCCGCGUGCAUCAGCUGGAAACGUUGCAGCCCUUGGUGGAGGACCCUCGCCUGGAUGUGAGAGUGAUCCAGCUGGUCCGAGAUCCGCGGGCCAUCCUGGCAUCCCGCAUGGUGGCUUUCUCUUCCAAGUACCGCACGUGGAAGGCCUGGGCGCAGGACGGCCAGGUCCCCGAAGAUGACGAGGAGGUGAAGAGGCUCAGAGGAAACUGCGACCAGAUCAGGCUGUCGGCAGAGGUGGGACUGAGGCAACCUCGCUGGCUGCGGAGACGCUACAUGUUGGUGCGCUAUGAGGACAUUGCCCGCUACCCCAUGCAGAAGGCAGAGGAGAUGUACAGGUUCACAGGGAUACCAUUUAGUCCCCAAGCGAGGGAGUGGAUACUGAGGAACACUCAGACCACGCGGGAAGCCAGCGGGAUCUACUCCACACAGAAGAACUCAUCAGAGCAGGCGGAGAAAUGGAGAUUCAACAUUCCCUUCACACUGGCGCAGGUGGUGCAGAGAGUGUGCGGGCCGACCAUGGAGCUGUUUGGGUACAGGUUUGUCCACGAUGAAAGUACGCUUAUGAAUAGGUCCGUCAGUUUGCUCGAAGAGAAACUGUUUCAGUAAUCCAGAGGUCGAAACAGGUAGCUGACUUGAACACUUGCUAUGGACCCGAGGCAGGAGAAGCCAUUGGCGGCAAGAUUUAGGCCGUGCAGUAGAAUUCAUACUCGCCAGUGAUGUGCCUCUAUGUGAUAAGUGAAGAGCCACUUGAGAAAGAAAGUAUUUAUGUACACACCGCGUUGACCGAGGAGCCUGGUACUUAAGCUUUACGCGUUGCUCUCUGUUUCAUUCAAGAUGAAACGGCCAUAGAUGUCAAGCCGGACUUGUGAGGGAUUCUUCCGUAGGAUUUUAUGAUAGGUGAUUAUUUGUAGACAUUCAGGGCUAGAGUACAGUGAAAGGGAUAUGUGUUUAGGUGUUCUGUGUGUGUGAACGUCUAAAAGAGAUGUUUCUGUUCACAGGGUUUAUGACGCUGGUGGUUCACUUUGUCAAGUUCAUCCUGUCCUUUUGUAUAAAUUUGUACUCGACUAGGCAACUGAUAGAAUCGAUUUAGAUUAGAUCUGAUGUGCUUUCAAAGGACUUUACAUAUCCGACUCAGGUGAAUGCGGUAUCGCAAUUUGUGUUGUUUUCAUGGAAAACAUUCAUCUGUCAUCUUUGACCAAAUGCCAUUUAAAGCAAUGCUCAAUAUACCAUAAAGAGGCCAAUAGAAGACCUAAGAUGUGUAUUUGUAAUACUUUUCAGGUUCUAUAUAUAUAUAUAUAUAUAUAUAUAUAUAUAUAUAUAUAUAUAUAUAUAGAAUAAACGUCUUACUUCAGAUACCUACAUGUGUCUCUUACACAAAGCCAGUAGCUGCCUCAUCACCUCAAGGGAAACAAGCAUUUUGGUUGUUCAUUUUCAAGGAGACUUCUGCACUUCAAGGACACACAUUCUUGUGCAAGGAGGUUUUUUCUUUAAAUCAGCUCCCGACUCGAAGAAAAUAAAUCACCAGAAAUAUUAAAACCUGCCAAAUUCUAAACGCGCCCCCCUUUGAAAUGUAUUAGUUGUGAAGAUUGCGAAUGAUGUCUUUGGUCCUUUAAUAAUGUAUAAGAUGUUAGGUCCACAUGAAUACAGUUACCCUCUAUCACUUUACGUGAAGCCCAGGUGCUGUUGCGUUAACUGUCCCUCUCGAUGGCACAUAAAGGUAUCCACUGUGGCUCCAGUUCAAUGGUGGCAUUGUGUCCAGCAGGGCUGCAGCACUGCUGAAAGUACCUUGCCGCUCGUGGAAAGGGAUUUGCAUUGGAGGAACAUAUAGACGGGAGCUUAUACUAACUCAGCGUUUAAAACAUGAAUAGGAAUACAUUGCGACCUGCAGGCCUCGCGUUGCCCAAACUCACUGCUAAAGUAUUUGAGCCAAAAGGGGAACAUUAUAAAGUACCAAGUUCAACGGCGAGAAUGAGCACAGUCAGUUUAUGCAUUCAGCCCAUUCAGAUAUGCAGAGUGCCAAUAAAGUCCAUCUUUAUGUAUGUGUUCGACUGGGGGGAGACGAUGGGAGUUCAACCUCCAUGGGGAUACAAUGUGUUAAAUUGAAUAAAAUUGAUUGUGAAAAAUAUGUAAGUAUAUUGCGGCAAGUCGAAUUUGAGUUGCACUCUUUGUAACACGUAAUACAAGUCUAUACACAUUA